UAAUAAAUAUUAAUUACAUAACGACUUAUUAUUUCAUUUGAUGAUAUUGUAAAUACAAGUAGCAAUGUUUAACUACGAAGUUUUGGUGGGCUUGAGAAAAAUUACAUUCACCCAAUUGCAAGGUAUUACCCUAAAACCUAAUAUUUUAAAGCAAUUAAACUUUGACACACAAAUUGUGUACAGUAUUUCAACAAAUGUACCAAAACAUAAAUAUACUUUAGAGUUAGCUUUAGAAGAUAUUAAUUUAUAUAAUAAGAAAAGUUUUCAUAAGAAUUCUUUUCUUGGACAACAAGAGUUAUUUAGAAAUGAACAAAAUGAUAAUUUAAAUGAUAUGCCUGAGAAUUGGCUAAUCAAAGAUAUAGACAAACUUCCAAACCAUGAUAUUUUAAAGGAAUUUCCUAAUCCAAAACUUCUUCUUCAUAAUAUAUAUAAUAAUGUUGCAAAUGAAAAAAAAAUUGCACAUGUUUUAAAAUUAGAAACUAAGCUUGUUAAAGUAAAAAAUGAUAAUAAAUGGUUAUGUACUUGUCAUAUAAAAUGGCCCGAAGAUAAAUUAUUUACUUCGGUGUCCUUUACAAAAGCAUCAGCAUCUUCAUCAGUAUCGUUGAAAUGCUUAUUAUGGUUACAUUUAGUUAGAAAAAUUAAGAAUAAAAAACCAGUGCUUUACAAUAAACUAGAGAUUAAAUCCGUAUUUAAUUAUUUUGAAGAAUUAAAAAUAGAAAAGCCUGCUUUAGAAAAUAUUAAGAAUUUUAACAUAAGGAAUUGUAUAUCCCAAGAUCAAACUAAUAAUGAAGAAAUAAUGUCAUUGGAUAAUUUAGUUAAAUACAAUCAUCCAAUUUCACAAAAAAGAACAAAUUUUAACAGAGAUGAAUAUUUAAAGCAAAAUCUCGAAAAUCGUCAGAAUUCUGUUAAGUUACAUCUUCCAAUUUUUGAAUAUAAAUCUCAGAUCUUAAAAGAAAUUGAAAAUAAUCAAGUAUUACUAAUAAAAGGUGAUACAGGUUGUGGAAAAACCACACAAGUGCCUCAAUUUAUUAUAGAUCAUAUGAUAGCAAGGAAUUUAGGAAGCAAGUGUUGUAUGAUUGUUACGCAACCACGUAGAAUUUCAGCAAUUUCUAUAGCAGAGCGCAUUGCUUCUGAACGAAAUGAGAAAAUUGGAGAUGUUAUUGGUUAUCAGGUACGACUACAACAAAUGUUACCUAAACAAUAUGGUGCUGUACUUUUUUGUACCACUGGAAUUCUUUUAAAAAAAUUUCAAUAUAAUCCGAAAUUGGAAGGCCUUUCUCAUGUAAUUGUUGAUGAAGCUCAUGAACGCACUAUUGAUAUAGAUAUAUUAUUAGUUUUAUUAAAACGAGCAAUGAAACAAAAUUCUUCAUUAAAAGUUAUUAUAAUGUCUGCAACAGUAAAUGCUGAUUUGUUUCAAGAUUACUUUAAAUGUAAUGUAGUUAAUAUUCCAGGAAGACUGUUUCCAGUUGAAAUGAACUUUUUAGACGAAAUAAAUAAACUUAAACUUCCAUCAUGUAAAAAUAAAGAGAUUCAAGAAAACAAUGGAGCAUUUGUAAAUCACAUACAAAUUAGUAAUUUAAUACGAUGGAUAUCUAAUAAUAAACCACCUGGUGCUAUAUUAUGCUUCUUACCAGGAUGGUCUGAUAUUUUAAAUAUUCAAUCUAAUUUGGAAGAAAAUCCUGUUGACAAUCAACUAUUGAUUCCAUUACAUUCUAAAAUAGAAUAUGUAAAUCAAAAAACAAUAUUUGAUAAAACACCGAAUAAUGUCAGAAAGAUUAUUUUAGCUACUGAUAUAGCUGAAACUGGUAUAACAGUGCCUGAUGUAGUUUAUGUUAUUGAUUCCGCAUGCCAUAAGAUACCUAAGUGGGAUGAAAACACAGGCUUAUCUUCUAUACAUACUAUGUUGAUUAGUCAAGCAAACAUUAACCAAAGAAAAGGAAGAGCAGGAAGAGUUAUGAGUGGCGAAAGUUAUCAUUUUGUAACAAGAAAAAAAUACAAUGAAUUACAUGCAUAUCCUAUUCCAGAAGUAUCAUGUAUUUCAUUAGAAAAAACAGUUCUUGAUUGUAAAAUAUUUAGUAAUGAGAAAGCUGAAACUUUUUUAGGCAGUAUGCCUCAGCCACCAAGAAUAACUUCUAUAUAUAAGGCAAUCUAUGAUUUACAACAAUUGGGUGCUUUAGAUGAAAAUGAAAACCUUACUGCUUUAGGUGAAAAAUUAACAUAUUUUUCUCAUGAUCCAAAAUUAAGUAAAGCUAUUGUUUAUUCCUCUGUUUUUAAUUGUUUAGAUCAAAUGGCAACAAUAGUGUCUGCACUCUCCUUAAAAAUGGAAAUUUUUUACGGAGCAUUAUAUAACUUAAAAAAUAUAAGAGAAGCAAAGACCAGAUUCCAUUCAUUGAGUGACCACAUAUCAGUAGCAAAUAUCUAUAAUAAAUGGCAGGAUAUUUAUUUAAAUGAUCCUUCAAGUACAUGGAAAUUUUGCAAAAAUCACUGUUUACAAAUUGAUAGAAUGAACUUUCUACAUAAAAUACGUAAACUUAAUUUACAAUGGGCUAUGGAAGCGGGCCUGAUAGAUGAUUCAAAUUAUUUCCAAGAUGAAAGUACAUCUAUAUUCAAUACAAAAGAAGAUUUCGACGAGCUUGUACUUGGUGUUUUAUUAGCUAGUACAAAUAAAUUAAUGUUAAAAAGAAACUUCAAAUUUAGAAAAGGGCAUUUAACUACAUCUAGUAUUUCAAUGGUUACAGAAGAAAAUUAUAAUGCAGAAAUAGGCCAAGAGUCAGUAAAUUAUAAGCGUACUUCUUGGCCAAGUCCAUAUUUAAUGUAUUUUGAAAAAAUACACAGUCUAAUGAGUCGAACCAGUAAAAUUCGUGAAUGCAGUAUUGUUUCACCUAUAGUAGUAGUAUUAUUUACUCAAGGACAAAUACAAUCUUUAAAGCACAAUCUUAGUAAUACUAAUGAAGAAACUGUUUUAUUAACAACAGAGAAUAAUCGAAAUAUUAGAUUAGUAUGUGAUAAAGAUUUAGCAGAUAUUAUUUUGCGUUUUCGUGAUAUUAUAUGGUUAAUUGUUAAUUACUAUGUUGAAAGAAGGCAAGGCCCAACUGCAAUGGAUAGUUAUAAAACAGAAAUGAUGAACAUAUUAAAAAACACACUAAAUACCAUACCUAAUUCAAACGAUUCAAUGGUAUAGAUAUAAUUUAACUUAAU